CCCUCGCGCCCCCGCGCCCCAGUCCCGCGUACCCGGCGCCGCCGGCCCGGAGUUGCCCGGAAGCUCGGUCCCACCGCGGCGCUCGCCAGGGCAAGCCCGGGCCGCCGGGACCUCGGCCCGCUCCCGGACCCGAGAGGCCGCUGCACCGGUGCCCCUGAGGCGCUCAGCUGCUGGGUCUGCAGGAAGCUUCGUUAUGAAUGACCGAAACAUCCAUAGGUGGACAAUGAAGAAGGACGAGGAGGCUUUGGAGAUCUCCAUCCCCUUUGAUGAGGCGCAGCGCCUAGACUCACAGAUCUUUUACAGCCUCAGCCCCUCCCGGGGGAACUUCGACGAGCCUCCAGAGGCUGCAUCCCCCACACUGGCCCUAAUGAAUGGCGUCAAGGCUCAGCUGCACAUGGCCUUGGAGAGGAACUCCUGGCUGCAGAAGCGCAUUGAGGACCUGGAAGAAGAGAGGGAUUUCUUGCGGUGUCAGCUGGACAAGUUCAUAUCCUCUGCCCGGAUGGACACAGAGGACCACUGCCGGGUGAAGCCUGGGCCCCGGAGGGUUGAGGGGGACAGCAGGGCUGGUGGUGAGGCCUCAGACCCCGAAUCAGCAGCCUCCUCACUCAGCGGGGUGUCUGAAGAAGGCAGUGCGGGCGAGAGGAAGAGGCGGAACCAGAAGGGAAAUGCAGGCCGGAGACGCUUCGGGAAGCCCAAGGCUCGGGAGAGACAGCGGGUGAAGGACGCUGAUGGGGUUCUCUGCCGCUAUAAGAAGAUCCUGGGUACCUUCCAGAAGCUAAAGAGCAUGUCGCGGGCCUUCGAGCACCACCGCGUGGACCGUAACACAGUGGCGCUGACCACGCCCAUCGCAGAGCUGCUCAUCGUGGCCCCGGAGAAGCUGGCCGAGGUGGGCGAGUUCGACCCGUCCAAGGAGCGCCUGCUUGAGUACUCGCGCCGCUGCUUCCUGGCACUGGACGACGAGACGCUCAAGAAGGUUCAGGCCCUCAAGAAGAGCAAGCUGUUGCUGCCCAUUACUUACCGCUUCAAGCGGUGAUGCCCGGCUCGCGCGGCCCUCCCGCCGCCCCG